AUGGAAAAUCAGACGUCCAUGCUCCCACAACCUGCAGCGCGGCCAACUAGCAGCAUGAGGUUUCUGACCGAUCUUUCUGAGUCUGAGAGCAAUGUUCGAAGUACCAUGUUACCUCCUUCCUCUGCCACCACAGCUGGCCUCAAGCGACAGAGUUCAAAUUGUGGGUUACGCUCCAUAUCGCUUCAAGUGCUCGGCUUACGCCUCUCAGUACCUGAACCCUCCCAGAAGCGAAAGACCCUGGCUGAGCGUGCUGCUGAACCAUUACGACCAAGUCCAAUCAUGUCAACCCUGUCACGACCUCCAAGCACGGCAAGCCAGUAUGCGCCAUCCUCCGCAAUCCAUUAUCGAUCUUCUUCGACCGCUUCAACUUUAUCAAGAACAAACUCAGCUUCAUCCAGGAACACCUCGAACUCAUCGUGUACUGGCAGCUUGACUUCAGGCAUAAGACCACCAACCAUCAACUCCGGCAUGAGCACUGCGCGCCCGAAAUCGUCCUACGCGAAGGAUAAGCCACUCGGAGUUGGCUCGAGGUCUCUGGCAAACCUGAAUGCGUCGCACGAGGCGUAUACCAAAAGUAAGGAGACCCCUCCCUUUCGUCCCCAAGGCCCAAGGAAUACCAACUCUACGACAAGUGAGGCGAGUCGAGUGUGCACAAAAUGGAAUAGUAUGUCGACUUUAAGACGUGCAAAUCCCCAGACGAUGCGCUCGAGUGCCGCUAGCAUCCGUGACCGCUACCGUGAUAUCAGCUUGAGCACUGGGCUCGACCAGUUGCAUCUUGACGACGACCAGAAAGACUUAAUGCUACCGCCCGAGACGCCCACCAGGUCUCAGAGCCCUAGCAAAAUUCCCAGAGCGUCUCCUGUACCUACUGCCCCCGUGACUCCUACUCCCAAUCCAACUGGAACCCCUCAGCUGCGCCACAAAUCUACCAUGAAGGCAAACAAAUUUCUAACAUCCACUUCCAAUAUAGAGAACUUUGACCCCGAUGUACCCUACCAAGACUGGAAGCGAAUGUUUGACGAUUCGAGACAGAUGUUCGAGGAUGCUGUUAACAAGAUGAGCAAUGCCAAAGAAGAGACGAACGUAUACAAGGAACAGUUAAGUCAAGUCGAGCAGGAACGGUCGUCCCAAAACGAAAGCAUAAUAUCACUCAAGACUGAAAACAAAACCCUGGACUUCAGGAUAGCGACGCUGGAGAAGACAAUACGAGAGUUGAAAGAAGUCCAUGAGCAGAGACUGGAAGAUAUACGCAAUGAUCAGCAGCGCACCAUUAAAGUUGUACGCCAAGAACAACAAGAAGAGAUCGAGCGGCUGAAGAGUGAACACAGAGAGGAGAUUCGAAGCGUGAAGCAGCGACAUAGCGAAGAGCUCGAGCAGGAAAGAAGUCUAAGAACAAGAGCUCUGAGUCAGGCUUCCAUGCAGGGAACACUUGAGAAGGAACGUCACGAGAUGGAGUUGAGUCGAAAAGACCAGGAAGUCAGUGCCAUGAAGUUCGAGGUCGAAAGACUCGAAACGACUUUGCAACGAGAGCAAUCGACAAAUAGUGAUCUACAACAAUCGAUACAGAAUGCCAAUAAUAACGCUUCGGAUUUGGAUGUUGCCCGACGAGGGCUACUGGCAAAAAUUGCAUAUCUUGAGUCAGAUGGAAAAGCUCAAUCCGAGGCCUACGCUGCUAUGGAGAAGCGUAUGAACGAGGCCAUAGCUCAGUCUUGGGACGCGGAGAACAAAUUGAGACAGGAAGAGACCACCCGGCGAAAACUGCAUAAUCAAAUACAGGAGCUCAAAGGAAAUAUUCGUGUCUUCUGCCGAGUCCGACCAACUCUGGAUGUAGAGGAUGAACUCGCAAAUGUCAAAUACCCUGACGAGGAUCAAGAUAGAACCGAGAUUGAGGUUCGUGGUGUGGAGGAAAAGAACAGUUUGGGAAAAGACGUCACGAAAACUCACCCUUUCUCAUUUGAUCGUGUCUUCCACCAAAGAAACAGCAACGACGAUGUCUUCGAUGAGAUAGAGCUUCUAAUUCAAAGUGCUCUUGAUGGCUUCAACGUCUGCAUCUUCGCAUAUGGGCAGACCGGUUCAGGCAAAACUUACACAAUGUCAUCCGAUGACGGCAUGAUACCCAGAUCUCUCCGCUUCAUCUACGAGACGUGUAAGAGCUUAGAGGGCCGUGGCUGGGAAUACACGAUUGAAGGAUCUUUUGUGGAGGUUUAUAACGAAGAGAUCAGAGACUUGCUUGGUGACGAGAGCCACAAGAAGUACGAAGUCCACCAUGACCAUCAGAAACACGAAACCACAAUCACCAACGCGACAACACUCACGCUUGACAACAAGGAGCAGGUCGAGUCAAUACUGUCGCAAGCCAUGAGUCGACGAAGUGUGGCAGCAACAAAGUCAAACGAACACAGCAGUCGUAGUCAUUCGGUCUUCAUCCUCAAACUGUACGGCAGGAACGAUAUCACUGGAGAGGAAAGCAAGGGCACCCUCAAUUUGGUCGACCUGGCCGGUUCUGAACGCAUCAAGAACGCAGAGACAUCGGGUCAGCGUUUGAAGGAGACACAAUCUAUCAACAAAUCGCUCUCCUGCCUUGGCGAUGUCAUCGGUGCUCUUGGCCAAGGGCCGUCUACACCCGAUACUCGAUCGAGUCUGUCGAACGGCAAAGAUGCCACGGCGCACAUUCCAUAUCGCAACAGCAAAUUGACAUAUCUCCUACAGAUGAGUCUUGGUGGUAAUUGCAAAACACUGAUGUUUGUCAUGGUCGCACCAGAGAAGAAAUGUCUUGGUGAAACAAUCACGAGCUUGAAGUUUGCGGAGAAGGUUAGUAGGACACGGGUUGGUGUCGCGAAGAAGGUUAAAUGA